AAGACGCAACAAAGCGUCUAUUCUACCGGAAAGCAACACGAAGAAGAACUUGUGACGAGAGUGAAAUGGCUGCGCCCAUGAAGAAUGGGCGACACUUUGGUCAAUGGAUAGGCAUUUUGUUAUUUUGGGGGGGUCUCAUACCCUCUGCCACCGCGCUUAUCGAGGGACUUUAUUGUGGCACGGAGAUUUGUUACGAUGUACUCGGAGUACCGAGAGAUGCGGUUAAAUCCGACAUAGGUCGUGCAUACAGACAGUUAGCCAGAAAGUAUCACCCCGAUAGAUUCUCAAGUCUUACAGGCGAGACACGUGAAAGUGCUCAUCAACAUUUUUUGCUCAUUGCAACUGCAUAUGAAACUCUGAAGGAUGAAGACUCCCGUAGAGACUACGACUACAUGCUGGACCACCCUGAAGAGUACUACAGCCACUACUACACCUACUACAGGAGACGACUGGCACCUAAAGUGGACGUGCGGAUUGUCAUUCUGGUCACCGUGGUUGCUAUAUCCAUCUUUCAGUACUACAGUUGGUGGGCCAGCUACACUGAAGCCAUCAACUACCUAUCAACGGUCCCCAAGUACCGUAUCCAGGCGACAGAGAUAGCCAAGCAGCUGGGUCUCCUGAACAAGACAAAAGAGAAGGGCAAGAACCGUCGGUCCAAAGAGGAGAUCCGGGAACAGGAAGAAGAGGUCAUCCGUGACAUCAUCAAGAACAAGAUCGACAUUAAGGGAGGAUACCAGAAGCCUAAAAUCUUGGACAUCCUGCUCUGUCAGAUUGUCCUGUUCCCUUACUGCCUGUGUGCCUAUGUGGUCUGGUACUGUAAGUGGAUCUACAGGUUCACCAUCUGCAGAGAGGAGUACGGAGACGAGGAGAAGCUCUACAUCAUCAGGAGGAACAUGAAGAUGUCUCAGUCUCAGUUCGACAGUCUGGAGGCGGAGCAGAGAGACACCUUACUGGAGAGGCAGCUCUGGAUCAAAGACAACUAUGAGGUGUACAAGGAAGAACAGGAGGAACAGAUGAAGACGAAGAUGGCCCUGGACCCCAGGUGGAAGAGGUACCGACGGUGGAUGAAGAAUGAAGGACCUGGACGACUCACUUUUAUUGACGAUUGACAACAUGCCUAUCAAUAAUCACACCUGACUUGUGCCUGUUAUACAGUCACACUGUGUUUGUAUACCUGUGUAUUUGUGAAUAAAUCUACUGAUGAUGUUUAUA